AUGGCCCCGCCCUGGCAAUGUCUCUCUUCAACCGUCCUCUUCCUGAUGAAAGGCCUGAAGACAAACCAGAUCAUUGUCAACACCUUCCUCAAGUGCCUCUGCUAUGCGAAAAGGACGGACAAGGCUGUGAAUGUGCUGCUUCAUAGGAUGUCUGAGCUCGGCUGCGUGCCUAAUGCCUUCUCAUACAACAUUGUUCUGAAGAGCUUCUGCGACUAUAGCAUGAGCCAACGGGCGCUCGAACUGCUCCAGAUGAUCGCGAAAGAAGGAGGUGGCUGCUUCCCUGAUGUGGUGGCAUAUAACACGGUCAUCCAUGGCCUCUUUAUGGAGGGCGAAACAGGCAAGGCAUGCAAUCUAUUCCAUGAAAUGGUGCAGCAAGAUGUUGCGCCCAGUGUGGUGACAUAUAUCUCGAUUAUUGACGCUUUGUGCAAGGCCAGAGCAAUGGAGAAGGCAGAGCUAGUCCUUUGGCAGAUGGUUGCUAAUGGUGCUCAUCCUGAUACAAUGACAUAUAGUUGCAUGAUCAAUGGAUAUUCCACAUCUGGGCGGUUGAAAGAGGCCACUAAAUUGUUAAGAGAAAUGACAGGCCGGGGUCUUAUACCAGAUAUUGUUACUUGCAACUCGUUCCUGGCCUCCCUUUGCAAGCUUGGAAGAAGCAAAGAAGCUGCAGAAUUUUUUGAAUCCAUGACUGCCAAGGGCCACAAAACUGGAUAUCGUCUCAUACCACAUUUUGCUUCAUGGGUAUGCUACUGA